AUGUUCAUCUCCAUAGUUCUGCUGUGGCUCUGUUUUUUCUUCCUCCUCUUUCAACUCAAACCUCGGAGACCCAAGAACUUUCCCCCAGGACCCCCCAUACUGCCGGUACUGGGGAACCUGUGGUACCUGAUCUCAAAGAACCCAUUGAAGGACUUUGAGAAGCUGAGACAGUCCUAUGGCAAUGUCUACAGCCUGUUUCUUGGUUCCAAAUCAGCUGUGGUUAUCAAUGGGUUUAAGACCAUGAAGGAGGCCAUAGUGAUCAAGGCCACAGACUUCGCUGGACGACCUCAAGAUCUGUUUAUCAACCAUCUCACUCAAAAUAAAGGAGUGAUUCUGGUCGAUUAUGGCUCUGUGUGGAGGGACCACCGUCGUUUUGCUCUGAUGACUCUGAGAAACUUUGGUCUGGGGAAGAAAUCCAUGGAGGAGAGAAUCCAUGAAGAGAUUCAGUUCACCAUUAAAACCCUGGAAAAUAGUGUUGGUAAAACUCUGAGUCCUCAGGUGAUGUUUCAUAACGCAGCUUCUAACAUCAUCUGUAAGGUUCUGUUUGGGACCCGUUAUGAGUACGAUGAUGAGACGCUCAAAAUGAUUAUCCAGUGCUUCACAGAACUGACUAAAAUCGCCAAUGGACCGUGGGCCAUGCUGUAUGACUCCAUUCCUUUAGUUUCUUACCUGCCGCUGCCCUUCAACAAGGCCUUCAAAAACAUGGAGAUGUUUCUGAGGUUUUCAACUCGUGUGGUGAACGAGCACAAGAAAACCAGAACCCCCGGUGAGCCGCGAGAUUUUGUGGACUGCUAUCUGGAUGAACUGGAUAAAAAGACUGAAGAGGAUUCUUCAUUUUCUGAGGAGCAACUCAGAAGGAUUACUUUCGAUCUUUAUCUUGCUGGGACUGACACCACCUCGAACACCCUCCUGACCGGGUUUCUGUACCUCCCGUGCUAUCCCCAUGUCCAAGAUCGAUGUCAGCAGGAGAUCGACCGAGUUCUGGAGGGAAGGGAUCGGGUCAGUUUUGAGGACAGACACAACAUGCCUUAUGUGCAGGCUGUGAUCCAUGAAAUCCAGAGGGUUGCCAACACUGUUCCUCUCAGUGUCUUUCACACCACAAUUAAAGACACAGAGCUGAUGGGAUAUUCCAUCCCCAAGGGAACAAUGAUCAUCCAGAACCUGACCUCAGUGCUGAAUGAAGAGGAUCAGUGGAAAUUCCCUCACGAGUUUAAUCCUGAGAACUUCCUGAAUGAGCAGGGAGAGUUUGUCAAACCAGAGGCCUUCAUGCCGUUCUCUGCAGGUCCACGGCUGUGUCUCGGAGAGGGUCUGGCCCGGAUGGAGCUCUUCCUCAUGACGGUGACCCUGCUGAGGAAGUUUAAGUUCAUCUGGCCGGAGGAUGCUGGAGAACCGGACUUCACUCCGGUUUUUGGGGCAACUUUAACUCCAAAACCUUACAACAUGGAGGUCCAGCUCAGGUCCAAACAGUGA